AUAUUCCUCCUCUUUUUUCCUCUUCCCUACAGGUUACAUUAGAGAUCUGCAUCUACUGCAGAUGUUCUCAGGUACUUCUCAUAAUAAUUUAUGUGAAAUUGUGCUUUUCUCACCGGAAGCAAUUCACACUCAGAUUGCAGAAAAGUUCAAACAUGUUUAACCUAAUUAAGAAAGACAAGGAGAAGGAAAAGGACUUGGGCAGGAAGGAGAAGAAAGACAAGAAAGAGAAGAAAGAGCGUAUGUCCCAGGCAGAGUUAAAGAGCCUGGAAGAGAUGAGCAUACGUAGAGGCUUUUUCCAGCUCAAUCGGGGGAGCUCUAAGAGAGACUCCAGGAGCAGGUUGGAGAUCUCUAGUCCUAUCCCAAUUAAGGUGGCUAGCAGCAUGGAGCUCAGCCUGACAGAAGCUGAACACUUCCCCAACACCCUGGGGCAGGAUAUGGGCCAAAUAUGUGCAAGUAGCUCAGGUGAAAACAUGAAGGGAAAUGAACUGGAACAUCAUCGCAGCUCUGUUAAGGAGAGAGCAGCAAAAUUUGGGGAAUUGGCCAACCUGAAUUCUGUGAUAGGCCCAAGACACGUGUCAUUUUCCCAGAAGAUGAAAGAGGACAAUGCUUCUGAGGUUUCACAUCUUUCCAGGAAGAACUGGAGUACAUCUUCUCUUAAGUCCCACACCAGCCCAAAAUGCAUCAAUGUGGUUCACAUUCCUGAAAUGGUGGAGAAAACCUUCCCUGGUGCAGACCUACAGUUGCCUGUUCUUGUUGCUCCACCUAUACCAGAUCCAAGAGAGCUUGAGCUACAAAGGCGAAACACUGGGGAUUUCGGUUUCUCUUUGCGUAGAACCACCAUGCUAGACAGGCAGCCUGAUGGAGGAGUGUGUCGACAUGUGGUACACUUUGCAGAACCAGGUGCUGGGACCAAAGACAGGGCCCUGGGCCUGGUGCCAGGAGACAGGCUGGUGGAAAUCAAUGGCAUCAAUGUGCAGAACAAGAACAGAGAUGAGAUCGUGGAGAUGAUCCGUCAGUCUGGCGAGACUGUCCGGUUAAAAGUGCAGACAAUUUUGGAGCUGAGUGAGCUGAACCGCAGCUGGCUGAGGACCACCCAAGGCCUGCACAAAGCAGGGUUUGAUGGAAAGACUGAGGAGCAGAUAACAGCAGAGAGAGCCUGGUAUAACACAGAAAAAGUAUGGCUUGUCCACAAGGAUGGAUUUUCCCUGGCAACCCUCCUGAAGACAGAGGCAGGCAGUCUGCCAGAGGGAAAGGUGAAAAUCCGCCUGGAGAGUGAUGGAUCAUUAUUGGAUGUGGAUGAAGAUGAUGUAGAGAAGGCAAACCCACCGAUGUUUGACCGAGUGGAGGACCUUGCCUCUCUGCAGUAUUUGAAUGAGUCGAGCGUGAUGCACUCCCUGAGGCAGCGUUAUGGUGGUAACCUGGUGCACACCCACGCUGGGCCCAACAUGGUAGUCAUUAACCCCAUUAGCGCCCCCUCGAUGUACUCCGAGAAGGUGAUGCAAAUGUUCAAAGGCUGCAGGAGGGAGGACACUGCCCCUCAUAUUUACAGUGUGGCCCAAGCUGCCUAUAGGAACCUCCUGACCACUCGUCAGGAUCAGUCCAUUGUCUUGCUGGGCAAGAGUGGGAGUGGCAAGACGACCAACUGUCAGCACAUCAUUCAGUACCUGCUCACCAUUGCUGGUAGCACCAACAAAACCUUCUCCACAGAGAAAUGGCAGGCAGUUUACACAGUUUUAGAGGCAUUUGGGAACGCUUCUACCUGUAUGAAUGGGAAUGCUAGUCGCUUCUCCCAUGUUGUUUCCUUGGACUUUGACCAGGCGGGCCUGGUGACUUCAGCCUCUAUCCAGACCAUGCUUCUAGAGAAGAUGAGGGUGACAAGGAGACCAGAAGGAGAGUCCACUUAUAAUGUCUUUUACUACCUGAUGGCCGGAGUAGACAGCUCCCUCAGGACUGAGCUGCACCUCAACCACUUUGCUGAAAACAAUGCAUUCAGAAUCAUGCCUCAGACUAAGAGUGAGGACAAGCAGCGGGCCUCCCAGCAGUUUUCCAAGCUGCAAGCAGCCAUGAAGGUUCUGGGGAUCAGUGGUGAUGAGCAGAGGGCCUUCUGGCUCGUCCUCGGGGCCAUCUACCAUCUUGGGGCUGCAGGUGCUACCAAGGCUGGCAGGAAACAAUUUGCACGUCAUGAGUGGGCCCAGAAGGCAGCCUACCUGCUGGGCUGUUCCCUGGAGGAGCUCUCCUCCUCCAUCUUCAAGCACCAGGCCAAGGGCACCCUGCCCAGAACCAGCUCCAUUCGCCAGGCUUCUGACGAAAAUGGCACAGCAGAUGCAGGAUCCAGGGCUACAGCCAUGGAGUGUUUAGAGGCCAUGGCAUCUGGGCUUUACUCUGAACUCUUCACAAUCCUUAUUUCUUUAAUAAACCGGGCCUUGAAAUCCAUCCAGCAUUCCCUGUGCUCUCUGCUCAUUGUGGACACACCAGGCUUUCAAAACCCCAGGCUGGUUAGGCGUGAGUGCAGCGCAACCUUUGAGGACCUAUGCCACAACUACACCCAAGAACGUCUGCAUGCCCUCUUCUAUCAGCGGACCUUCGUUCAGGAGUUGGAGAGAUACAAAGAGGAGAACAUAGAGCUUGCUUUAGAUGACACAGAGCCCAGCACAUCUCUGUCUGUUGCAGUGGUAGACCAAGCCUCCAGCCAAGCACUGGUACGGACAGUGCGAACAGACGAGGCACGUGGCCUGCUGUGGUUGAUGGAAGAGGAGGCCCUGCAGCCUGGGGGAUCAGAGGAAACCCUGUUGGGACGUCUGUUUAGCUACUAUGGACCUGCUGAGGGCGAGAGCAAAGGUCACACUUUCCUCUUGAAGAGUGAAAAGGAAAAUCAUUUCCUGCUGGGCCACAGUCAUGGAACUGACUGGGUGGAGUACAAUGCCUGUGGGUGGCUGAACUAUGCCAAGCAAAAUCCUGCCUCCAUCAAUGCUAUGAGCCUCCUGCAGGACUCCCAGAAAAAGAUCAUCAGCUCAUUGUUCAUGAGCCGAGUGGGUGGAGCCACUGUUCUGUCAGGUUCCAUUGCAGGCCUUGAAGGUGUUUCCCAGCUGUCCUUGCGACGGGCCACUAGCAUGAGGAAGACCUUCACCACAGGGGUGGCUGCUAUCAAGAAGAAGUCCUUGUGCAUCCAGAUAAAGCUUCAAGUGGAUGCUCUCCUUGAUGUGGUGCGGAGGUCCAGGAUUCACUUUGUUCACUGCAUGUUGCCCAAGGCAGAUGCCCUUAAGGCUCUGAGUGGAUCCCUGUUCAAAGGAGGAGAAUGUGAGGCUCAAGGGGAGCCAGGAGAUCCCAGCUUAAUGCAGCUGGAUGUAGCCCUGCUCCGCGCUCAGCUGCGUGGCUCCAAGCUGCUAGAUGCUCUUCGGAUCUACAGGCAAGGUUACCCGGAUCACAUGGUGUUCUCUGAGUUCCGGCGACGCUUUGAUGUGCUGGCACCGCACCUCACCAAGAAGCACGGGAGGAAUUACAUUGUGAAGGACGAGAAGAGAGCUGUGGAGGAGCUAUUGGAGUCCCUGGAUUUGGAGAAGAGCAGCUACCACAUGGGUGUGAGUAGGUUGUUCUUCAGAGCUGGCACCUUGGCUAAGCUGGAGGAACAGAGGGAUGAACAGACCAAACGAAAUCUAUCCCUGUUCCAAGCUUCCUGUAGGGGCUACCUGGCACGGCAAGCCUUCAAGAAGAGAAAGAUUCAGGAUCUAGCAAUCCGUUGCAUCCAGAAAAACAUCAAGAAGAACCGCGGUGUGAAGGGCUGGCCAUGGUGGAAGCUCUUCACCACAGUCCAGCCCCUCAUUAAGGUCCAGCUCACUGAGGAGCAGAUGCGAAGCAAAGACGAGGAAAUACAGCAGCAGAAACUGAAGCUUGAGAAGGUGGAGAAAGAGCGAAAUGAGCUAAGACUGAACACGGAUGGACUGGAGAGCAGGAUUGCAGACUUGUUGGCAGAACUAGCUGAUGAGAGAAGCACUAGUGAGUCAGCAUCCCAGUUGCUGGAAACCGAAACAUCAGAGAGACUCCGCCUGGAGAAGGACUUGAAGGAUUUACAGGCUAAGUUUGAUGCCAUGAAGAAGCAGUUAGAAUCACAGGAAAUGGAGGUGAUGGAAGCUCGGCUCAUGAAAACAUCAGAGCUCAACGGGGAGAUGGACGAUGAUGAAGAUGAUGCUGGAGGUGAGUGGCGGAUAAAAUACAAUCGAGCCAUUCGUGAAAUGGACUUCACCAAAAAGAAACUCCAGCAAGAGUUUGACGACAAACUGGAGACGGAGCAGCAGGGCAAAAGACAUCUUGAGCGAAAGCUGGCUGAUUUGCAGACAGAUAAUGAGGAUAUGCAGCGCUCUGUUCAGCAGCUGAAGAAAAAGUGCCAGAAACUGACAGCAGAGCUGCAAGACACCAAACUACACCUGGAGGGCCUACAGAGCCGCAACCAUGAUCUGGAGAAGAAACAGAGGAAAUUUGACUUGGAACAGAACCAGGCUCAGGCUGAGGUACAAAGAGAAAGGAGCCAGAGGGAGAAGCUGGUUCGAGAGAAAGACUUAUUGACUGGUGAGAUGUUUAACCUCCGCCAGCAGCGGCAGGACAAGGACAUUGAAUUGUGCGCUGCAAAUAUGAAGGUGCAGCAGCUGGAGGCAGAGCUACAGGAUCUGUCCUCCCAGGAGUCUAAGGAUGAAGCCUCACUGGCCAAGGUCAAGAAGCAGCUUCGCGACCUGGAAGUCAAGGUGAAAGACCAGGAGGAGGAAUUGGACGAACAGGCAGGAACCAUCCAGAUGCUGGAGCAGGCCAAGUUGCGGCUUGAGAUGGAGAUGGAGAGGCAGAGGCAGACCCACUCUAAAGAGAUUGAGAGUAAGGAUGAAGAGGUCGACGAGAUCAGGCGUUCCUGUAGUAAAAAGCUGAAACAGAUGGAAGUGCAGCUGGAGGAGGAGUAUGAAGACAAGCAGAAAGUGCUGCGUGACAGGAGAGAGCUGGAGUCCAAACUGCUGAACACCCAGGACCAGGUGAGUCAAAGGGAUGUGGAGACAGAGAAGAGGCUGAAGAAAGAUCUGAAGAGAACCAAAGUCCUUCUGGCUGAUGCACAGAUUAUGCUGGACCAUCUGAAGAGUAACGCCCCCAGCAAGAGGGAGAUCGCCCAGCUCAAAAAUCAACUGGAGGAAUCAGAGUUCACUUGCGCAGCUGCAGUGAAGGUUCGAAAGAGCAUGGAGAUUGAAAUAGAGGACUUACAUAUCCAAAUGGAGGAUGUGGUUAAGACUAAGAUGUCGUUGGAGGAGCAGGUCAGCCGUCUGCAGAGAGAGAAGAAUGACCUGCAGUCUCGUAUGGAGGAGGAUCAGGAGGACAUGAAUGAGCUUAUGAAGAAACACAAAGCUGCAGUUUCCCAGUCUGCCAGGGACUUGAGCCAGAUCAGUGACCUGCAGGCCCAGCUGGAAGAGGCCACAAAGGAGAAGCAGGAGAUCCAAGAAAAGCUCCAUUCGCUGCAGAAUCAGCUAGAGUUCCAAGAACAGUCCAUGGUGGAAAAGUCUCUUGUGUGCCGUCAGGAGGCCAAGAUCCGUGAGAUAGAGACCAAACUGGAGUAUGAAAGGACACAAAUCAAGCGCUUGGAGAGCCUGGUGGGUCGUCUGAAGGAAAACCUUGAAAAGAUGACAGAGGAGAGAAACCAACGCAUUGCUGCAGAAAACAGGGAGAAGGAACAGAAUAAGCGAAUGCAGAGGCAGAUAAGGGACAUGAAAGAAGAAAUGGCCGAGCUAUCCAAGAAGGAGGCCGAGGCGAGCCGCAAGAAGCACGAGUUGGAAAUGGACAUUGAGAGCUUAGAGGCGGCAAAUCAGAGCUUACAAGUGGACCUUAAGCUGGCCUUCAAGAGGAUAGGUGACCUGCAGGCUGCCAUAGAGGACGAGAUUGAGAGUGAUGACAAUGACGACUUAAUCAACAGUUUGCAAGACAUGGUGACAAAAUAUCAGAAAAGAAAGAACAAAACUGGGGAUGAGACAGAAACAGAUUCAGAGGUGGAGGAUCGUGUGGAUGGAGUAAAAUCUUGGCUCUCAAAGAACAAAGGCUCCACCAAAACCCUGUCAGAUGAGGGAAGUCUGAAAAGCACCAGAUAUUCUGCAAAUGCAGAAGCCAAAGAGGCAAAAGAAGGUAAGGAGAAGAUGAAUGAUGGAAGUAAAGAUGGCAAUGAGGUAGAGCAGAACAGAUCAGUGUCUGUUAUGAGCUCCCUAAGCUACAGGAAACGUUCCAACCUGAAAGACUCCAUAGGUGGGAGAGGUGAUGAGAACUCCUUGUUUAGCACUCUCAAAGAACAGCCUGACACACCAGACCAUGCCUCAAUUCGCAAAGCCAAGUUUAAGUCUGGAGACCUCCAGGAGGAUUGGAAGAAGACCCAGGAACAGGAAGACUUGGAUGACAAAGGCUCUGUCAUCUCCCUGGCCUAUUCUGAAGCCACCAGCAGAGCCAGGAAGGGAUUGGAGUCCCGCUGGACUUCCCGUAGCAGUCCUGAAUUUGAUAAGGACUCUAUGGUGUCCUCUGUAGCCCCAAGCAGGAUGUCCACCAGACGGGGCAUGUUGGACAUGGAUGAUGACAAUAAGUCGACUAUCAGCAGCGUGAGCCACUCCAGCCCACGAUCAUUGCAUCGUAGCACCUCUUGGAAAGAUGACAGACGCAGCAGCUCACGCCUGUCCCUCGCUCGUAGCUGUGGUCUCAGUGAAUUCGGCCUGCAUGCAGAUGAUGACAAUGUUGAUGAUGACAAGAGUAUGGCUUUUAGUGAAGCUGGAACUUCAUCUUAUAGUCCCCGUUCCCUUAGUCGCAGCUUUUCUACCCCAGCCCAACCACGCUCCUCGGAUAGCAAUCUGCCAGAUUCUUCUGACAUUAAGUCAGUCUCCCACCGCAACUACUUGGACCCUGACUUAGAGGCUGCAAUCAAUGAGGUGUUGAGCUUCAAACCCAUUAAGUUCAAGCGCAGCAAACUUGAUGAGUCUAGUGGUGAAGAAGAAAGUGAGAAGAAGGGGCCAGGAAGCGAAGACAGUAGGAAGAAGGGAGAAGAUGAGGGGCUUGGCUGCAGCACAUCCAGCCUGCUUCGGUCUGCAUCAGGUUCUGCCCUGGACUAUGGCAAUCGGCCAUCCAGCACCCUGAGCAGCAGCAGCUGCCGCAGUCGUAAAGAUAAAAAAAGUAAAGUCUCUUUGUCCAACGACUCCUCUUCAGACGAUCAUCAUAGCAGAAAGAGCUCAAGGGGUAGGAAGGGCAAGAAGUCCAAGAAGAAAUCUAAAAAGAAGCAAAGUGAGUCAGAGUCAGAGUCAGCGUCUGAUUCUUCUUCCUCGUCAAAAUCGUCUGAGUCCUCUUCGUCUGAUUCAACCAUCUCUUACCGCAGUUCUAGCAGGGUUAAAAGGUGCUUGAAACAGCCAUCUGAUGAUGAGAAGGAUCCUGCAGGUCAUGGACCAGCUAGCAAGAAGGAAACGAAGAAGAAGCAGAAGAAGAUGGAUAGCUUGGUGAUGAAGUACCUCUACAGGCCUGACAGUGACUGAUACCAACAGUGGAAGCCCUCCUGCGAGCCGGAGACACCUGGGCAGAUCUGAUGAGGAGGAUGAGGCAGAGAGAGACUCCAGCAGGCAGUCACUGAGGCAGAGCGACAGCGAAGGCACUUUGGCAGAGAGCUCAUCGUAACCCAAACUCAG